AUGCGAAUCCGCUAUCCUUUCGCGGGCGCUUUCGUCUUCCUCCUCAUUCUCGCCGCCUACAUCGGUCUCCUUCCUCAUGGCUCCUACGGCAGCGUCCCCGCCCAGCUACAACCCAACGACAAGUUCCUGCACGUCAUCACCUUCUUCCUCCUCUCGCUCGUCUUCUACUGGAUCCCCGACACCACCCGCCGUCGCACUCUCCACCUGACGCUCGUCGUCUGCACGCUCGUCCUAGGCAUCGGCUCCGAGAUCGUCCAGGGCCUCCUACCGAACGGUCGCUCCUUCGAUCCCUUCGACCUCCUCGCCAACCUCGUCGGCAGCGUCGGCGCCAUCGGCCUCUGCAGCUGGUACCACCGACGCAUGCUGGAGCGGAGACGCAAGGCCCGCUUCGGCGCCAUGGGUGACGGCGCCGGUGAUGACAUCGAACUGGGUCAUCCCCGAGAGCACGACGACGGUCUCGGUCCGCAGGAAUCAGGCGUCACGACGCUGGAGCAGGAGGUUGACAACUGGGAUGAGAAUGCCGUCGAUAAUUGGGAUGCGGAGGACGUAGAGGAAUCUGCUGCCGGGACGCCGGCACAGCGGGACACAAAGACCUCGCCGUCUGCUGUCAACGCCGACGACGAGGGGAGGAAACGAAGUGAUUAA